AUUGGACGCUUAAGAGUCUAUUCAAACGCAGCGCAAAUCAAGAGAAAACCUCAACAGGAUGUGCAAAAUGAUGCUAGUCGUUGGAUUGCUGGUGCUCGCCGCUGCCAGCAGCAGUGCCCGUCCCCAGAAUGAUGUUGAGGUGUUGGAAUAUGAGUCGGAUAACAUUGGCAUUGGUGGCUACAAGUUCAGCUACAAGCUCAGCGAUGGCACCACUCGCACCGAGGAGGCGACUGUGAAUAAUGCGGGCACAGAGAAUGAAUCCCUUUCGGUGCGCGGUUCCGUUAGCUGGGUGGCACCUGACGGACAGACAUACACCAUUAACUUUGUGGCCGAUGAAAACGGCUUCCAGCCGGAGGGUGCGCAUAUACCCAAGUAAUUAGCAAUCAAUCACUGGAUAACCAACUGGAUUAACUAAUAUUUAGCCUCUAAGAGUUGUGCUGUGCAUCAGUUAGUCAGUCAGUCGGUCGGUCAGUCAGUCGGUCAGUCGGUCAGUCAGUCAGUCAGUCAGUGAAGCGAGUGUCGUGCAUUAUAAUUGUUUAUCGCAUUAAACAUUAAAUUUCGAUAAGUA